AUGGGGGGCUUUGAUCAGCCUUACAUGUAUGACUCGGAUCGGCACGAUCGCGGCUUGCCAAUGAAAGAGUUCGACCCCAAAGCAGUGACGCGGGCGAGCUGGGAACCACAGCCAAAGAAGAAGAAGAAGCAGAAUGGCCCGCUCGUUUCCUUCAAUAGGCAUCCCGAUCUCCACGAGGUGCCCACUGGCAGAACCACCUUCUUUCGUCCUAUGAGCAAUGCGACAAAGUCGGGGAUCGUAUGGCUGCGACGAGUGCAGUUGGGCCUGCGCAGCUUGGAGCUCAUUGGAGCUUUGGGUUUGCUGGCGCUCAUGAUUCUGAUUGCCAAUGUUGACGCACUCACUGCCUGGGUGAUGCGAAUCGCCUCUGGCGUCGUGGCCAUCAAUUGCACCUAUGGAAUCUGGCAUCACAUGAGACCUGCUGGUAGCAGAACGCCGGCUUCAUCGGCGGCAUAUCAGCUCUUUGCAGCUUUCACAGACCUGUCUACUUUACCCUUUUACGCCUACGGUGCUUUGGCUGUGCGCAAUCGCUCACAAACCUGGACAACUCUACUGUCCGACCAGGCACUCACUAAUUAUUUUGUCCCGGCCUACUAUUACACCUUGAUCGGGGCCGGCGGUCUGCAUGUCAUCUCUCUCGGCAUCUCACUCUGGCUGGGGCUCAUGUUCAGGCGCAUCACCAAUAUGCCUCCUGAUAUGAACCCAUUGGAAGACAAUCUGACUGCAAGAGCUCACAAGCGCAACAAGUCUUCCGUCUCCACCACCUAUACCGCCAUGUCAGAGAGCAACAAGCGACUUUCCACUCCCCUGGAAGACCGCCGUCGUUCCGGUGCGCCCUAUGAGGACCUCUCACGACCGCCCAGCAUUCCCUUUAUGCACACACGUACGGGAUCUCGCGACUCUGUUAUAUCUUCCAAGUUUGAUCUGCCAAGUCGCCAAUAUGGUGUUGUGCCGGGCAACUCGCCUCGUAAUAGUAUUGCGUCGCCAGAUGAUGUCAAGCGCCUUUCCAAGCCUACCUCUGGCCGCGGCAGUUACACGGAGAUUCCCAUCCAUGAGACUGGAUCUUCAAGGCCCAGCAGCGGUGUGAUGCAAGAAGCAACGUCGCCAGCGCGGCAGCCCAAAUUCACCGAGGCAUGGUACACCACCGAGUCGCUCCUCAAUCGCACGCAGCAGAAACAGCGCGCCAUGGCUGCGGCGGUAGCACGCAAAACUCGUGCCUACGAGGCCCUGGCCCAGCGCUAUGACGAGGACACAGACGACGAUUCGGAUCGCGAGAACAUGAUGCGGCCAGACGCGGCCGACGUUUCCGACCUGGACGACAGCAUCUUGGGUGGCAGUGGCCGCCACCCGAACCCGCUGCGCUCAAACCCAGCCUCGGUCGUGUCUUCUGCUCCCACUGUGCCGCCUCAUGCUCCGAAGAAUGCCGGUCAGCCGAUCCCUCGCGCCAAGACGCCUUACUAUACCCCGCGCGGUAAUGCAUUGGGCGAGAUUUCGUCCAACUCGCGCUCGGUUAGCGGCUCACAGGACAUUGCGGACCAGAAGUCGGCGGGCCUACCCGGCUCUACGAUGAUGCGAAAUAGGGACUCGUCCAUCCAAGCCGAGGAAGGCCUCUUCUACUCAAAGCCGUACGGCGACCUCAGGUCCGCCACACCACCGGUCAUUGUCGGCACCGGGCGCCAAGUAUCGAGUGGCAACGACUUUGAUUUUGGAAGUGGCAAAGGCGGUUACGUGGGAUCAUACCGACGCAAUGUCAGCGGCAAGGUUGCCGAGGAGGGCAUGGCUGGCAAGAGGACCUCGAGAUACGCUGUCUUGAACGAUGACUUUUGA